GUUGGAGGGGCAAAUUUACACGAGAAUGAGAUUUUGGCUGUAUUAGCCGUAUGAAAUGAGUGGUGAGGGUGAGUUUUCCUCUGAGAAUUUGCUCUGAGGUCGUUGUCGUUAUUGUCAGCGUGACAACGGAAUCGGACAAAAUUUGGUUCUUGGUAUCAUUUUUUUCCAAAAAGUUCAUUCGGUCAGAGCAAGUUGGAGAAGACGACAAUUUUUGUUCUCUCUCUGACAAAUUUCCAAUUUUUUGUGGGUGUGUGUUUGAUACAGUUUUAAAACUUGAUAACGGACGAGUGACGAGUAAUCAUGGAUCAGAAUUCAAUUUGGGGAAUUGACUUGAGCAAAAUGAAUCUGUCCGAAAUUAUGGAUUGUGAUCAAUUUUCGACCCGACUAAAUCUCAAUUUGGACAAUACUCUGGAUACUAUGCAAGGUCAAGAAGAAGGAAUGAUGUCAAGUUUGGGAGGUGAAGAUUUUGGAUCUUCUCUGUGGUCAACGUUAAGCGUCUCUCCUCCUUCUCCGAAAAGGGGGACGACUUGGUCUGGGACAGGGAUUCAUCCAGGACUACAAUCUCCGGUUAGAAACCGACGGAAUUCAAAUAAUACGAGUUCAUGCACCUACUCACCAGCAGGUCGGAUGACAUUGUGCACUCCUUCGCACAAACGAUAUGAGUACGAGUGUGUUUUCUGCAAGGGGAAUAAUCAACCCGACUACGUGUACAAAAAUCAUCCUAUUCGCAUUAAUGAAACCGUGGUUUGCCCAGCUCUUCGAAACCAUAUUUGUGGAAUUUGUGGCGCUACAGGCGACAGUGCUCACACAAUCAAGUACUGUCCAUUUAACAAGCAAGGAUUUUAUGCUGGAAAUCGACAAGGUACAAAAUCUUCUUUUUCUGGUGGGGCUAGUUACUGCAUGAUGAACGCGUCUGUAUCUACUGAAGAAAACAACGGGAUGCAACUUGGAAAUUGGAAAUGUGCUGCUGUUCCUACUUCUCCUACUAUUUCUCCAAAGAAGUCGGCAGUUCGAAAACUGGUGUUUGAUGAUGAAACCGUCGUAACCAAAUCGACUCCUGGAUUUUUCAAGAAUCUUAAGCAACUGCAGACAACGAAAACUGCAGAAGAAGCAGGGAACAACGAUCAAUGGUACUAAAAUUUCUCUAAAAGACCCCUUCAUUUGAUUUUUCAUAA